AUGUCGGUUCGUCAGGAUGUAAGGUACUGGAUGCCGGAGAUUAAAGUUAGCCAGGCACAGGUUCCAGGUUCGUCAGGAUGUAAGGAUGCUUUUAUCAACGACUGGAACAUCACUGACAAUAUCUUAUUUGUCCAGAAAUUUAUGCAUGAUCUGCAAUGUGCUCCCAUCCGUCGGAGCCUCAUGAUGAUCAAGCUAGAUAUGGAGCGAGCAUAUGGCCGGAUGAGCUGGCAGUUUCUCAAGCGGAUCCUUCAAGAGUUCGAAUUCCAGAAGAGAUGGAUUGAUUGGACCAUGGAUUCCGCGGAGACUCCUAGCUUUGCUACCCUGAUUAAUAGUGCCCCACUAGAGUUCUUUCACUCGAUUAUCGGGCUUCGUCAAGUUCAGGGGUCAGUGUUGGAGCCCUCUUGGCUUGUCUUUGGGCCACAGCCACUCUCGCACCUCUUCAUAGACGAUUGCCUCCUCAUUGGAUGGUUCUCGAUGUGGAAUGCGAAGUGUUUUGCAUCCAUUAUUGAGGUUUACUAUCGGAUGUCAGGCCAGCUUGUGAACCUACAGAAGUCUGUGAUCAUCUUGAAGCCCAAGAUGAAGAUCCAGAUAAAGCAAACGAUUCGGGAGUGA